AUGCCCAGUUUUGUUUUUUUUGCAGCGUUCUGCUCCUGGCUGGCAGCGAUGGCUGAGUUUCUCAGGGCUGUCAGCCAGACGGUCGACUUCAUCCAGACUGCCGCGCAGGCUGGGUCUCUCGUCGGUGACGCCUUGCAGGUCAGGCUCGCGAACGAGAAAGACAACCUCAUCAACGCGUUGAGGCAGGCGGGCGCCUUGACGCUUGCCGAAGCGACCCAGGCCAUGAACAUUCAUCGGUUCUUGACGCCCUCGCUCUGGGAUGUCUUGACUGGCUUCGCGCCUAAGUCAUACCACGAGAAGCUCCAGUCGCUCGGCAUCCACUUGGAACGCUUGGGACUGACGAACCUCAAGGAGACCACGAGCGUUCGCGUCGCGGCGCUGAUUCUGCUGGCUGGCAACCCACAGAGCUCCACGUUCAGCAUCAACGCCAGCGACGCCUACACGGUGCUGAACGACGUCAAGGCCCUCUUGGCAUCCAGCCCAGACAUUUACAGGCACGCCUUCGCCGCUGAGGAGCCAGCCCCUUGCCCGCUGGACGAGGUCCAGCAUAAUCCAGUUCGCAGGGCAGGCUCUGGCAACUCGCUGUGUGCAGGUGGCCAAGUCGACCCCCCAGGGUUCGUGAUGCUGAGGCCGCCAAUGAGGUCCCAGCCGCUCGCGUUGCUGGACGACGCCGCGCGCAGCUCGGUGGUGCCGCAGCCCGCGGGUGCGCCCUCGGCGCCGCCGCUCGCCGUGCCGCCGCCCGCGGAUGCGCCCUCGGCGGCGCUGCUCGCCUUGCCUCCGCCAGCGGCGGUGCCACGGGCAGCCAGCCCAACGCCGCUGCCAGCGCUGAUGCAGCCCGCGAUCCCUGUGGCGGCUGUGCAGCGGCAACAGAUCGUGAGCACCGACGACGGCUUCCGCCUCGACUCGGGCUCGAGCCUCGCGGUGUGGCAGCUGUCCAGUCAGGCGUCGUCGGCGGCGGCGGGUGCUGGCGCGAGCGACGCCAGCAUGGGCGCUUGGCGCAUGGACUCCGUCGGGGAGGUGGCUGAGGGCGACGCUGCGCCUGAGGUCGGCACCAAGGCGGCGGCGACGGCGCCUUCGACUACGGACAUGCUCAGCCACAUGCGCUCCGUGCUCGCCCAGAAGCCAGAGUACACGCCCGAUGAGAUUGCGGCCAAGGCCAAGGCCAAGGCCAAGGCCAAGACGAUCGACAAGACGACAGCGACGCCCAAGAAGAACAAGACCGACGGCGAGGCAGCGUCGCCUGUCCUCAAGCGGCCAGCCGCCUCGACGCGCACGCCGUUCAAGAAGGUCAGGCUGACGUGCAAGACUCAGUCGGAGCUGACCCCGACGCCCGUCACCAAGGAGAAGAAGGCUGCGUGGGAGGUUGCUCUAGGUGGCUUCCCUGGCAAGCCGACGUCCAAGGUGCCGACGAUCAACGUCCCGAGCCUUGGCAUCAAGGUCUACACGGACUUGGCGAAGAUGGCCUGGCGCGUGCAGCGCCCGUCGGUGAGCCUGACCGACAAGGCCUUCAGCUUCCGCGUGGACGCCGUGGCGUCGUGGCUGCGCCUGCGGCAGCACCUGCAGGCCGUCGCCCAGGGCUGCGAGGAGGAGCUGGCGGAGGUUCGCGCUGCGGCCGCGCGAUUGGACGACCGCCUCGCUGUGCUGCAGGCGACGGCGGAAGCGGUGACGAGCUUCUGGCCCCUGAUCUGGGUGCUGAUUGGGGGGCUCGUGAAGGACGCCCUCGACAGGAGGUACCAGCUCUUCGCGGCGGACGGGAGCGUCGUGGGCAAGCCGGCCUGUAUGAGUGAGAUGAGGCCAGGAGCGUGGGUCAUCACCACCCCGGACGGCGACAGGUAUCCCGAGAACUUGCGAUGCCGUCGGGGUACCAGCGGCGCGGUUAAGGCGGUUCUGGUGGAUCCAGGGCAGCCCGUGCUGGAUCGCAUGCGCGGUCGCUUCUACCGUUUCAAGGACCCGCUGGAGCCCUCGGACUUGGUGGAGCAGGUCAAGAUGGCCGAGGCGGAGAGCUACGCUAUCACGCGCCGUGCUCCUGCGCCGCCGGCCGCCAUCAUGAUGUGGGGCGGCGCGGACGUGGAGUACGAGCCCCUGAUGGCCUCGGAGGGCGUCCAGCUGGUGCCGCUUGGCGGUGGCGGAGCGCCUGUCCACGGUGAGGAGCCGGCGCCGGCCCCCUUGCCGCCGCCUGAGCUGCCGCCAAAUGCGACCUGGCUCAUCGUGAACCCGCACCCUCCCGACUUCGGCCGAGAGCGUCAUCCUGGCCCGGAUGCGCCCCGAGCGGGAAAGUACGCGAUCGCGCUUGACGCGCGGAGGAGGCCAGCACCUGUCCGACAGGUCGCGCUGGCGGACGUUGAGACGUUCAUGGCAUCGGCGCGGACAGGAAUCGCCAAGAUCCUGGAGGGCGAGGCUGGCCCAGUCACGGGGCAUCUGGAGGAGCGGCUUCACCAUGCGCUGGAUGGCGGCACGAAGACGCCCCCCAUCGUCGAGGACGCGAGGACGUUGACGGUUGACUACGAUGAACACGGCCGGCGUCAGUCCGCAGGAGAGAACGGGCAUCGAGAUGAAGCUUUUGACGAUGUACUGUACCUCAGUGGCUGCUACGACCAGUUGAAUGGUCCCUCGCUCGCGCGCAUCGAGACCGAGGAGAUGGAGAUCGAGAGCACGCGGGUGCGCGCGCGGGGCCUGCAGCCGCCUGGAGGGCCAGGGGCGGCGCCGCAUGGCGCGCCCGUCAACCCGAAGGGCACCCCGAAGGGCGGCGGUCGAGGCCGUGGCCAGCCUGGGCAGGGAGUUGGCCAGGAGGGCGGCGGGAAGGCGACAGGCCUGCGAGGCCAUUUGCGACGUCUAAAUGCAGAUGUCAAUGCAACUUUGAAGGCUUUGAAUUGGAUGGCGGGUGACCGACGUAAGGCCUCCAAUGGGCCCCCGGUCACCUCAGAGCAGGCCAGCGUGCAGGCGCGCGUCCGGGACAGGAUUCCGUCCCUUUUGAGUUCCGGCGUUGCGAUCCCUGGCCAGCGAGCGGCUUUCCUCGAGCUGCUGCACGGCCGGGCUGUGUAUGAUACAGGGCCCGGUGGACACAACCUUGCCAGUUUCUCCAAUGUUGCCUCUGUGAGCCUUCCUGACAGCCUCGAGGGCGCCCCGAUGGUGGAAGAUGUUGUUGGCCCAGAGGACCGCGUGGCGCCAGGGCUGUUUCGUUUCUCGGAGCGCUUCGACCCGUCUACUGGGGCCUCUGCGGCGGAGGUUUUUGGGAUCUGCCACUAUAUCUAUGUGGACAACCUGGGUGUGAUUAGCUGCGACCCUGUCAGUACUUCGUCGACGUUGUCGGACGCCUCGGAUCUGGUCGAGAAAGUUGGCCUGAGGACCCACGAUCACGAGGUGACCUCAGGCAAGUCGAAGGCUCUGGGGACUCACUUGGACCUGGAGGGCUUUCGUGUGUCCCUCUCGCCUGCCCGUCUCUGGAAGGUUCGACAAGGGGUGCUGUGCGCCUUGAGGUGCCGGAAACUUCCCAGACGCGUGUGGGAGGUGCUGCUUGGUCACCUCACGUUCUGCGCCCCCAUCAACAGGAACAUGAUGAGCGUGCUUAGGAGCAUCUACGCACUCAUUAACAAACAUUAUUGUGUGCCCACAGCGUUGUGGGAGACCGCCCGACAGGAGAUGGCCGCCGUCGCGUCCUUGCUGUUCGUGAUGGUCCCACACAAGCAGCUCUCCAAGGCCAAUUGGGACACCCUCUUAGCAGGUCCCUGGAAGUACUUGGACGAGGGCAUCUAUACCCUCGAGUCGCGGGCCCUCCUUCUGGGCUUCCAGGCGGUGGCCAGGCUGCUGGCCCCGGGCGGCGAGCUGUCUUCACGACUGGUGACAGCCGACCGCGCGCCGCCGGCGGACAGACCUCUGGGCAACAGCUCAGAGACAGAGGCGACGGGGGCGGACGGGACCAGCGACAAGAUAUCCGACACCGAUCGGAUCGUGGUCAGACCCCGGCGCCGUGCUCGCAACCUGGAGCUCCCUCGACCGACGCGGCCCCGAUUUCCAGUGGGACCAGAUCGGCUUCAGGGGCUCGGACUGCUGCCCUUGGAGUCCAACGCGGUGAAGGCCACCGCGGAGAACCAGUGCCACGAGCUGGUGACUCUAUGGAGGUCCAACGCACGCGACCUCGGCGAGCCGCUCGGCGAGGCUGCCGGGGUGGACGCCUCAGUGGCGCGGCAGCUUCAAGACUUCUUCGACCAGGGCGAGAACGUCAGCAAGGGCGAGAAGCUCGCGGCUGGUCUGGAGCACUUCCUGCCAGAGUUUGGCCGACAUGGAGGGCUUCACCUCUCACGGAGCUACCGCGCCCUCCGGGGCUGGAGGCGCCGGUGCCCACCUCGGUCGCGUCGCCCCCUCGCAUUUUGCAUCUGGGCAGCGAUCAGCUGGGAGUUCUGCCGGGACAACCUCUGGAACAUGGCGGUCUACCUUUUGUUUAUGCUGGUGACGUACAUGCGGCCGUCGGAGCCGCUGAAGCUGCUGAAGGAGGACCUGCUCUCUCCCGCCCACGGCCUCUCUGCCUCGUGGAUCUGCUUUGCUUUUCGCCAAGAGCGGGGUCAGUCUUCGAAGACCUACGCCACGGACGAGAGCAUCGAGCUCAGUUGCCAGUGGGCCCCUUUCCUUGCGACCGUGGCGACUGCCCUCAAGCGUGGCCGUCCGAAGGAGAAGGUCUUCAGUUUCCUCUACAGCUCGUGCACGCGCCAGUUCAAGACAAUGUGUCGACGGCUCGGACUAACUGCGGCGCCAUAUCAGGCAAGGCGCUCAGGCGCCUCCAUCGACGCCGCAAUGAAGUACAGGACGAGAGCCGAGAUAAAGGCUCGCGGCGAAUGGAAGGCGGACAAGUCAGUGCUCAGGUACGACCGCACGGCCAAGAUAGUCGAGAGUGUCGACAAGCUGCCCGACUCGCUGGCGCAGGAGGUGUUGGGCGAGUCGCGGGGCGAUGCGGUAUUCGUGCUAG